UCAACAUUCAAGUGCGCCGAUGUAAAAUUCUCUUUCCUUUGUUGACGAUUUAUUAACAUUUUUAAUCAUUUCUGCUGCCUUUUCAUUAUGGAAAGACAAGCGAUAUUUCCUCGAAACUCGUGCGUCUCGUAAUAUCACAGCCCACAGGCGUCUCGUGUUGCAGGCAAAUAGCAACACAGCGUACUGUCGUUAAAUGGCUACUCGUAACAUAAUUGCAGCGAGUGCUUAUUUCGCCAUGUAAAUUUAAUAGCGUUUCAACGAAAGUUUUACCUUAAGUGGAGAAUUGUGUGGAUACAGAAUACCACAGCGAUACUGAAAAUUUAUGUCAUAUUAUUCGCAACAUUAUGUCUGAAGUAUUCACAUUAGCCGAAACUAUAUUUGCUUUUUGAGUUACAUAACAACUCGUCGCAUAAAAAUGAAACGUUACACUUGAAGCCAUGAAUUCUCUUAUCUGUUAAAGGUCAGUGUUCAGUAUGUUCGUACCUCUAAAGUUUUGUGAAAAAUGCAUACAUUCAUCAGUAAAAUUAUUAGACUUUCAGAGUCCAAUCGUUUUUAAAACUGCGAAGUUUAGCGCACCGUCUGCUCAAGAACCUACUAAAUACUCGCGACAAAUGAUUGAGCUAAAAGAUCCCAGAGAACUGGAAAAGCGUCAGAAGUUUUGGGAGAUGGAGAAAGAGAUGGAGUCGAAGGUUCAGUACGCUCAGCUGACUGCAGAGGAAAGAAUUAUUCACGAAGCACACGCAGAAGCGGUUCGGCGUGGUCAUUUCACAUACGAUGAUCCAGCAACGGGAGACCGAAUCAAGACACGUUUGCGCCACUUUCUGAAAGGAAGAUGUUGUGGAAAAGCUUGUAGACACUGCAUUUUUGACCAUGAGAAGGUACCUGAAGCCAAGAAGAAAACUAGCCGAUUUAACUCUUCCUUCUGGGUGUAUGAUGAUGAUGCAGCGGACAAGGAGAAUGAUGAGAAAAUGAAAGCAUUGUAUGGCUUAUAGUUAACAGGGAAGAAUUUUUUCAGUGCAAG